AUGGCGGGGCGGCCGCGCUUCCUCUGCGGCGUGGUGGAAGGCUUCUACGGGAGACCAUGGUCUAUGGAGCAAAGGAAACUCCUCUUUGAAUGGCUGAGGCGCUGGGGGCUGAACUGCUACAUGUACGCACCCAAGGACGAGCUGAAGCACCGGCUGCUCUGGAGGGAGCCCUACACGGAGCAUGAGGCAGCCCACAUGCGUUCUCUUAUGGAGGCUGCCCAAGAGCAGGGUGUGCAGUUUGUUUUUGCCAUCUCUGCUGGCCAGGACAUGGUGUUCUCCAGUGCUGGGGAUCGGCUCCUGCUGCAGCAAAAACUCAGGCAGGUGGCUGCCAUGGGGUGCCAGGCCUUUGCGCUGCUCUUUGACGACAUUGACCCCUGCAUGUGCCAAGCUGACAGAGAUGCCUUCCCCUCCCUGGCACAGGCUCAGGCCUCUGUGGCCAACGAGGUGUACCAGGAGCUGGGCCAGCCCCCCAUCUUCCUCUUCUGCCCUACAGAGUACUGCAGCUCCCUGUGCUCUCCCAGCCCCAGCCAGUCCUGCUACCUGUUGACCAUUGGCCGGGAGCUGCUCCCAGGGAUCGGUGUCAUCUGGACCGGGCCCAAGGUGGUGUCACAGGAGCUCUCGGCAGUGUUGCUGGAGGAGGUGGAGGCUGUCCUGCAGCGCCGGCCCAUCAUCUGGGACAACCUGUACGCCAAUGACUACGACUGCAGACGUGUCUUCCUGGGCCCCUACACGGGACGUGCCCCUGGCCUCACAGCCAGGCUCCAUGGGCUGCUCCUCAACCCCAACUGCGAGCUCCAGGCCAACUUCAUCCCCAUACACACGCUGGGCAGCUGGUUUCGGAGCGAGCUGGGGAGCUGUGCCCACCCUGACCACACAGGGAUGGAGCCUGUGGCAGCACCGGGAGACAGCCCAGGACCGCAGGACGGAAGCUACAGUCCCCAGGAAGCCUUGGAACUGGCACUGCGUGACUGGGUGGCUGAGAUAAACCGGCAAGCCUUGGAGCCAGGAGCAAGGAGCCCGGGACAUGGCAGCAUCAGCCCCAAGGGAGGAGCAGAGCUGGAGCCUGGCACAGCAGGACGGGACGUCCUGCCUGACCCCCGACCCCACGGCUCUGUUCCCGGUGAGACAGAGCAGCAGGACCCCGAGCCCUGCAGGGCAGCAGGGGAGGGGAGGAGGAAGGUGACCUCGGAGCCUGAGCAGGGCAGCAGGAGCAGGACCUGUGCCGGUGCUCAGCAAAGCCCUGCCGGGGACAGGGAGCAGCUCACAGCGGGGAGCACAGAGAGCAGCGAGCCCUCCUCUGCAGUGCCCAGCGCAGCUCAGGCUUCCCAGCCCGCAGGAGCAUCGGCGGCUGCCGAGAGCCUCCACAGCCCAGGGCCCCCCGUGUGCGGCAGCGAUGGGACCAGCACUGCCCAGAACCUUCUGCCCACUGGUGAUGCCAGAAGGGGCCCUGGCAGCUCCCACCAGCCCUGCAGCAGCACCCAGCCUGAGCUCAGUAGAGCUGAUACACCCCAGACACCCCCAGGGCCUGGGGCUGGUGCCAGCCCUGGCCCCACAGCACCACUCAUUGAUGGGGCUGGUGCCAGCCCUGGUGCCCCAGCACCGCUCAUUGAUGGGGCUGGUGCCAGCCCUGGCCCCACAGCAUCAUUGACCCCAGAGGAGACCAGGUCCAGCCCCAUGUCCCUGCUGAUCAUGGAGGAGGCCAGGACCAGCCCCACAGUAGAAGUGACCCCAGAGAAACACAGGUCCAGCCCCACAGCACCACUGACCCUAGAGGAGCCCAGGUCCAGCCCCAUGGUACCAUUGACCCCAGAGGAGCCCAGGUCCAGCCCCACAGCACCAUUGACCCCAGAGGAGCCCAGGUCCAGCCCCAUGGUACCAUUGACCCUAGAGGAGCCCAGGUCCAGCCCCACAGCACCAUUGACCCCAGAGGAGCCCAGGUCCAGCCCCAUGGCUCCGCUGACUCUGGAGGAGGUUCGGAUGCUGGUGGAGCUCUUCUACCUGCCCUACCAUCACGGGCCGCUGGCACAGCGUCUGCUGGAGCACUUUCGGUGGCUCCGGGCAAACAGCCUCAGUGUGGGGGUCUCUGCCGCGGCGCCCGAUGCCGGUGCGGGCCGGUGCUGGCGUGGCCGAGCGCAGUCCUUCACGCAGCUCUGCACCCAGACCUGCCGCCUGCACACGCGCCUGGUGGGUGCUGCGGGGCGGGCACUGCUCUAUGACCUGCACCCCUACCUGUGGGACAUCCGCAAUGUGCUGCUGGCUGCCAGCGCCUUCAUCCAGUGGCUCGAUGGACACCUCCUCUGCGAGCCCGGCCCCACGGGCGCCUGGGGGAGCUGCUUUGGCUGGUGCCAGAGCAUCACAGCACCAAUCCUGCUGCGGGGGGAUGCUGAGCCCUGGGCACAGCGCGGUGGCCUCUUUGGAGAGCUGCAGGCGCUGCUGCCCGUGGGGAACAGCUCUGACCUCUUCUAUCAGCCCCCUCCACUCUUCCCGUCCCGCCGGCUGUACGUCCUGCGCCCGCUGCGGCCCCGGGACAAGGGUGAGCUUUACCGCAUGUGCCGGGAGAGUCUGGACUGUGACCCCAAAGUCACAGAGAUCCUUGUGGCACACCCCGACCUGCUCGGCGACAGGCUGCUGGGCAGCUUCCUGAGCCUGAGCCCCGAGUACACCUUUGUGCUGGAGGAUGAGGCUGGUCCCUGUGGCUACGCUGCCGGCGUGCUCUGCGCUGAAGGCUUCCUGCAGCAGCGAGACAGCGGCUGGCUGCCCACCAUGCGACACAAGUACCCCCGGGACCUGGCCGGGGGGGACCCGGCACUGGGCAAGGAUGCCCUGGAGGAAGCGCUGCUCUUCUUUCACACAGAGCCAGCGGCAGUGCCCCUGCCUGUGCUGCGGCGGUUCCCCUCCCUGGUGCAGCUGGGCACAGCUGCCCGCACGCUGGACACGGGGGCCAUCCGUAGCCUGGCCCUCUGCCUGCUGAGUGCACUCAGGGCCAACGGGUCUCGGGGAGUGUUUUGCCAGGUCAGUGCCACCGACCAGCAGCAGCUGAGCUUCUACAACAAGCUGGGCUUCGUCGCCCUGCCAGUGGCCUGGGACAGUUGUCCUGGUGCUCAGCUCCUGGGACGUCUCCUCUGACCACUUUGCAUUGGGUGUGGGUGUGGGGAGGCAGUGCCAGAGACAGGCUGGUACCCAUCCCGCACAGAGAGAACAAGAGCAGAGGGGCACCUUGCUCAGAGCAGGUACAUGUGAUGGGGACAUGGUUUGGGGAGGGGCAGGAAGACACAGGGAUGCACACAGGGUCCCGUCCUCUGGAGACAGAGGUAUUUCUGCUAUCUCAGGAGAGAGGCAUCAGGGCCCCUCCGCUCUGUCCCUGACUGUUCCUGCUUGCUGAGUGCCCUCCACCUCUGCUGGGGAGCCAGCAACAUCCCUGGGCUGGCUGCAGACCUGCAGGCCUGGAAGGAGCAACCUGGCCAGCAUUUAGGGUGAUGGUCUGGGAGCAUGGCACAGUGCAUUAGUGCAGGGAGCAUCCCUGUCCCGCAGGCUGGGCUGUCCAGAUCUCUCCAUCCCCGGUGUGGCCCUAAGUUGGGCAGCUGGGGCUGGGGCUGGCCCUCGGCAUUGAGGAUCUUCCUGCCUGUAUCUUCCUGACCUGAAUGGGACACAGUGAGGCAGACUCUAUCUCUGCCACCGGGGGGUGAGGGAAGUGCUGUC